UCUCCAUGAUCGUGAACAGCGCCCUGUGCUGCUUGGGACCUUCCCCAUCGCUCCUUCCGUCCGAGCACCUGCACCUGCCCCAAGUCCGCGCGUAGAGCGUCGAGAGGCACCCCGUUGGCGCCGCUGCCUCCACCUCCGCACCUCUCCACUCCGCCCACGCUCGACGUCCACCCCCGCCAUGGCUUCUUUUUUCGGGCGGCUCAAGGCAGGGAAUGGUCCCGCCAGUCCAGCUUCGAGCGCGCCUCCAGCGAAGAAGGACCCGAAUGCCCCACAGUUGACGCCUCUCGAGAAGCUGCUGCAGGACGCCGGCCCCGUUCGCGCCGAUGGCAGCGACAAGUUCUUUGGUUUCGAGAACUUCGGGAGCACAUGCUACUGCAACUCCAUCGUGCAAUGUCUGUACUACUCGGUGCCCUUCCGAGAGCAGGUCAUCAACUUCCCCGCCAGAUCGCCGCCCGAAGCGCUCGAACGGCCAGCAACAGGACCUCUGCCGCGGCUAAACACGAAUCUACUGCCUGACGCAAAUGCUCAGAACUCGACCCUGUCCCCGAAAGGCAGGAACUCCUUCUCCGCUCCCAAUGCCGCGUCGCCACGGAAGCCCGUCCUUACGCCCGGCGGCACCAUCAUCCCGGGCCAACCUCAGAAGCCAGAGGAUAACAAAGACUCGCCCGAGUACAAGAAGAAGCAGGCAUUGGCCGCAGGGCCGGUGCUUAGCAUGGACUACGAGAACUCAAAGGCAUAUGGCAUGUCGGAAUCGCUGUUCAGUGCGCUAAAGGACAUUUUCGAGGCAGUGAUAGCACACCCGUCACACAUUGGUGUUGUCAGCCCGCACAAGUUCCUCGAGAUUCUACGCCGCGAGAAUGAAAUGUUUCGCACGCCAAUGCACCAAGACGCGCACGAGUUCCUGAAUUUGUUGCUCAACGAAGUGGUGGAAAAUGUGGAGCACUUUUCCAAAACUCGGGUGCAUGAGAUAGAGGACAAGGAUACGAACGCUACCAUAUCCCAAUCUGACGCUGUAGUGAACGGGACUGCCCCAAGCAAUAUUGGCUGGGUGCACGAGCUCUUCGAAGGCACGCUUACGUCCGAGACGCGAUGCUUAACGUGCGAGAACACCUCUCAACGAGACGAAGCAUUUCUGGAUCUGUCAGUGGAUUUGGAACAACACUCAUCCGUAACGAGCUGCUUGCGAAAGUUUUCCGAAGAAGAAAUGCUGUGCGAACGAAACAAAUUCCAUUGUGACAAGUGUGGUGGGCUGCAGGAGGCAGAAAAACGCAUGAAGGUCAAGAGACUCCCUAGGAUCCUGGCACUACAUCUUAAGCGCUUCAAGUAUACCGAGGAUCUACAGCGGUUACAGAAGCUAUUCCAUCGUGUGGUGUAUCCAUAUUACCUUCGGCUGUUCAAUACCACCGACGAUGCGGAAGACCCCGACCGACUCUACGAGCUGUACGCUGUAGUGGUCCACAUAGGAGGCGGACCGUACCAUGGACAUUAUGUCUCAAUAAUAAAGACGCAAGACCGAGGUUGGCUUCUGUUCGAUGAUGAGAUGGUAGAGCCAGUAGACAAGGCAUACGUGCGCCGCUUUUUCGGUGGCGAAGAUCAGCUGGCAUGCGCAUACGUGCUUUUCUACCAAGAGACAACAGAAGAGGCAAUGAUGAAGGAGCAAGAGGAGGAGAGCUUGGCGGCCGCAGAGCAGGCAGCCGAGGUGAACACCGAGCCUAUCUCCGUCACAACACCCAAGGCGAAUGGCCUUGGCCUCGCAAAUGGUCACGACCAUAACCUUGCGACGACCCCUACGGUAGAGAAGGACGACCAGUUUGCAAGUCUCAACCAUGCUGUAACAGCUCCAGCUCUUCAUACCGGCGAACACAGCAACAACUUGGAACACGUCGCAACGAGCAUACCGAUACUAGGCAAGCGGCAAAGUAACAUAGCAUCCAAGAAAGAGAAGGCGGAGCGUGUCAAAGAAGAAAAAGAACGUAAAGCCAUGGAGAAAGAACUUGAAAAACAAGCCAAAGCCAAACGCAAGGAGCUCGAAGUCCAACGGCGCGAACUUUUCCGCAAACAAGAAGAGGACCUGCGAGCAGCUCUGGCCGCCUCGCGCGAGAGCGCAACAGAGGAGAAUAAGAAGCGCGGCAAAGACGGCGGCGCAGAACUCCCAGAGCUUGAGAAGGACAAGAGCGCAAAUGGCCUAGGCAGCAUCAGCAAGGGCAGUGGGCUCAGCCGCUUCAGACAUAGUAGUAUGAGUCUGCGGCACAAGCCCAAGUUCUGGUCCGGCAGCAAGGACGACAGAAAGGACGACCCCGAGAUGCCGAGUACGCCUGUCGUGGCGGAAGUGGAGCAAGCGGCGCAAGGGACGCCGGGCAAGGAGGAGAAGAAGAACCGGUUUAGUCUUGGAAGGAAAAAGUCGACGUUUCAUCUUUAGGCGCUGGGAGACGUUGCUCUGGAGAAUCCUUGGUCCCGUGUUCUUUCC